AUGCGGAAGUCCAAGUCUCCCAAGAAACACGACAAAGAUCGAGACAAGGAGAAGAGGAAGGCCAAACACGAUCCAAACACUCAUCCUUUGAAUUUGCCUCCUGAUCAACUGCGUCAACUGUUCACGGCUCAGAUGGCUCGUCAAGAGGCUGAGGCCAACCGCUCAUCCAUGUCUAUGGACAGAGACACUCCCGAGGCUUCAGAACAGAAUUUUGUCAAUGGUUCUUCGCCCCCCGUCACUCCCUCAAAAGAGGCUCCUGGCGCAUUCCCUGAACAUCCUAGCGAUCACAGCACAAACGGAACCAGUAAUGCUUCGGACGAGAGAAGCCCUACGCCCCCUCCGCACAGAGUCACCCCUCAUAAAGUCGAUCCUGAAGCAUGCAAAGCUGCCGGUAACAAAUUCUUCAAGGCCAAGGAUUACGACCGGGCAAUAGCUGAAUAUACAAAAGCGGUCGAUGCAGAACCCUCAAAUCCUACGUAUCUUUCCAACAGAGCCGCAGCCUACAUUUCAGCCAAUAAAUACAGUCAGGCACUGGGGGAUUCUCUACAAGCAAGCAGAUUAGAUCCCAAAAAUGACAAAAUCUUACAUCGACUCGCCCGUAUCUAUACGUCACUCGGUCGGCCACAGGACGCACUGGAUACAUAUGCGAAGAUCCCUAAUGCCUCCACCACAGAUACUGCCGCUGCUUGUAAAGUGUUGUCUUCAAUAGAGGUUGCUGAGAACCAGAUCAAUUCUGAAGAGGGUAAUGGUAAUAUGGCACUUUGGAGCAUCGAUCAGGCGAAGCAGACCCUCGGCGCAGGAACACCCACUCCGCGACGAUGGCAAAUUUUGCGAGCCAAGGCGAAUUUGAAAAUUGGCUCUGCCAAUGCUCUCGGUGAGGUGCAAGCAAUUGCCCAGAGUUUGAUGCGGGAAAAUCCCAUGGACGCCGAAGCCAUUGUCCUUGCAGGUCGAGCGUUCUAUCUGAAAGACGACAAGCCUCGGCAAGGCAAGAGUGACUACGAGCGUGCAGAAGACUACUUCCGCCAGGGACUUAACCUGGAUCCAGACAAUACCGAUGCACGAAAUUCUCUGCGUACCAUGAAAAAACUCGACCGGGCCAGAACGUCGGCCAAUGAAAUGUUCAAGCGCGGUAAAUACUCGGACGCGGUGGUGGCAUAUACGGAGUCCCUGACGAUCGAUCCGUCAAAUAAGGUCACCAAUGCCAAACUCCUGGGGAACCGGGCACUAGCGAGGAUCAAGAUCAAGGAGUUUGAUGAAGCCCGAUCUGACUGCGAUUUGGCCCUUAAACUUGACCCAACUUACUCCAAGGCCAAGCGAACUCGAGCAAAAGCCACCGGCGAGUCUGGGGAUUGGGAACAGGCUGUGAAAGACCUCAAGGCGAUGGCGGAGGAAAAUCCGUCUGACGCUGAACUCAACAAAGAACUACGAAACGCAGAACUCGAACUGAAAAAGUCCAAGCGCAAGGACUACUACAAGAUUCUCGGCAUCGACAAGGACGCCGGUGACAAAGAUAUCGAGAGGGCGUACAAGCGUAAAGCAGCCGUCUUGCAUCCAGACAAGACGAUGGGCGACAAGAAGAAAGAAGAAGAGUUCAAAGAUUGCCUCGAGGCAAAGGAGACGUUACUUGAUCCUCAGAAGCGGCACAUGUAUGAUUCCGGUGCCGACCUGAUGGAGCCUGGCAUGGGCGGCAUGGGCGGAGGCUUCCCCGGCGGCAUGGGUGGUAUGGGUGGGUUUGGUGGAGGCGGCGUUCAGAUCGACCCAGAAAUGUUGUUCAAUAUGAUGAAUGGUAUGGGAGGAGGAGGUAGUGGUGCUGGUGGAGGAGGUGGGUUUCGAUUCGCUGGUGGCGGUGGUCCUCCUAGGGGUGGUUUUUCGCCUUUUGGCUAA